AACACAGGACAGUUGGACAAAAAGGUGGUCCAGCGACUGCUCGGACUGGCAAACUUCAUCACCGUGUCCGCGGCAAACAGAGCCGGAAACGAGAUCAUGAGAUCUCUUUACGCAUGGACAGAAGACGCCACCUUCGACAAGUUGGUGAAGCAGCGGUGGCAACGGAGAGCCCUCCUGCGCUCCAC